GUAUAAUCAGAAUUUCACAUCCAUUCAUUGCUCUGCAUCCGAGCAUUCGCUGCCCCUCUGGGUGAAAGGUCAGAUGUAGCUGCUAAGUUCUGAGAAAUCAAACAGCCUAUUGAGUCAAGAUAAGCCAACAGUCCACAGGAGAGGAUGGUAGAAAGAAAAAUGAAAAUCGAUUUUGCGCCUGUGAACGUGCCCCUCCAAAGGAGGCUGCAGACUGCCGCCGUGGCACAGUGGGUCUUCUGCUUCCUGGGUCUGGCACCUACCUGCAUUUUGCUGUUCUUCUACCUUCUCUUCACUCGCUUCUGGCUGAUCAGCGUGCUCUACGCCGUCUGGUGGUACUAUGACUAUGACACCCCGGCACGCGGAGGCCGCAGGGCGCCCUUUCUGUGCGGCCUUAAACUCUGGAAGCACAUGCGGGAUUAUUUUCCCAUUAAGUUGGUGAAGACAGCUGACCUGGACCCCAGACACAAUUACAUCCUGGGCUUCCACCCUCACGGAGUGCUGGUAGCAGGAGCCUUCACCAACUUUUGCACCUACGCCACCGGCUUCCCGCAGCUUUUCCCAGGCAUUACCAGCUACAUGCUCAUGCUGCCUUUGUGGUUCAGAGCCCCGUUCUUCAGAGACUACAUUAUGUGUGCUGGUCUGAUUCCAUCGGACAAAGAGAGUGCUACUUAUCCGCUCCGCAUGAGGCGAGGUGGCAGUGCUGUUGUGAUAGCUGUUGGCGGAGCCCCAGAGGCCCUUGAUGCUCAUCCUGGUACCUUCAAUGUGCUCUUGGCAAAUAAGAAAGGCUUCAUCAAAAUGGCGAUUGAGAAUGGAGCUCACCUGGUGCCAGUUUUCUCCUUUGGUGAGAAUGAAGUGUUUGACCAAGUGGAAAACCCCAGAGGGACCUGGCUUCGGUGGGUACAGGAAAAGCUGCAAAGCAUCAUGGGUAUAUCCCUGCCUCUGUUCCACGCUCGUGGCAUUUUCCAGUACUCCUUUGGCCUGAUGCCCUACAGACGACCUAUCCAUACAGUCGUGGGCCGGCCCAUUAAGGUGGAGAAGAAGCGGAAGCCGACUGCCGAGGAACUCGAUGCCCUCCACCAGCUGUAUAUGGAUGAGCUCAGCAAUUUGUUUGAUGAGCACAAAGGCAAAUAUGGGAUCGACAAGGAUGUCCAUCUAAAUUUUGUCUGACCUUGGCCCUUCGAACGAAGGGAACUAAAUGUCUUCAGUAUUUAUUUGUUAAGCUCCGAUGCUGCAGGUUCAUUUAGUUUUAACGUUUAAUCUAAGUUAGUUCAUUUGAUUCUUAUGGAACCAUAUGUUCGAUAUAGCUACAGUGUAAAAAAAAAAAAAAAAGGGCUGCAUUUUCUUUAAUUUGAGUAAAACCAUACAUGUGGUAGGAAAGUAUUUCAUUAGGUUAAAUGAAAGGUUAAUAGUUUAUGGGACACCAGAUUACUCACAGUUAAGUUUUUUCUAAUAUUUUACCAA